AUGUUGCCAAAGUUAAAUUUAGAUGCACAUAAUCAUAUGAUAAAAAACCAACAAAAACAAAAAAUAUAUUAUGAUAGAAACGCUGUAAAGAAAGAAAUUGCAUAUAAUAAGGGUGAUAAAAUUUAUGUACAAAACUAUAAAACUCAAAUUUGGGAGAAGGGUGAGAUUGUUGAAAAACUGAAAACUCCUAGGUCUUAUAAAGUCCAGAUGGAAAAUGGCAAAAUAUUGAGAAGAAAUGUGAUUCACAUAAGAAAAAGGAAAGUUUUAAGCUUAGAAGGAUCUACAACUUCACCUAUGCACAUAGAUAAACAUAAACCUUUAAAGGAAAAAAGCAAAAUUCCUACACCCAUAACGACAAGGUCGGGCAGACAGGUUAAAAAACCAGAUAGAUUAGAAUAUUAA